AUGUCCGCCGCUAAAGUGUACUCUGUCGAGGCGAACGGAAUGAAAACGAACGGUACGUCGAGGCAGGGGUACGAUAGAUUCGAAGAGCUCAUUUCAGUCGCCGCGCACCGAGCAGUUCCGUUGAGUACUCGUCAGAUUGUCGCCGCCAUCGUCACUCUCUCCGUUUUCUCAUUCAUGUACCUUGGGAUCGCUCAAAAACAUGCUCUGCUCUUCUAUAUUAUGACUGGGUGAGCGAGAUAUGCUUCUCCCACUUACUCAUCAAUUGUAUUUCAGUCUGAUCGGAGUGUACAUUCUGUUCGUCUACACUUCCGGAAUAUUCGCCGUCCUCUACAUGGUCGCUCGGGACUAUCCGCUCGAAGAAUUCGAUGACAAAUCAUCCGUAGCCAGUAAAGACAUCGAAGAGUCCAAAAUGUAG